CUUUGCCUGGCGCAGAUCUCGGGAAGCCCUUCGAGGAUUCAAAGGGGACGCCUGUGUCACGGAUCUCAUCAUGGCCAGGAAACGCAAAGGCGACAAGACCAGCGGGGCCCCUCGUCCUACAUCUGAUCCUGACCCUCUAGACCACUUCGACGAUUCUGAGGAUGAAUUCUACGCCGGCAGAGACCAAAUUUUGCUUGCAGAAGAACCUGCAGCGAAGAGACAAAGGUUACUCCAGGAGCAGGAACAUGAUUUGCAACCAAGCGAUGAGGAGGUUUACGAUUCAAGUCAAGGUGCAGGCAGCGAUCAAGAUCUGGCUUUGGAUGACGAAGAGAACGAGGAAGAGGAAGAGCAAGAGGAGAGACUCUGGGGCUCCUCCAAAGCCGACUAUUAUAAUGCUGAUGCCAUCGAAACCGAGAUAGACGCCCUUGAAGAAGAGGCUGAGGCUACUCGACUCCAACAAAAGCAGCUCAAAGGAAUGACAGAUGCUGACUUUGGUUUCGACCAAGCAAAAUGGAUCGACGACAAGGAGCCACCUCAACCCCAGCAAAGGCCGCGUACCGUGGAGAAACUGCCAGAGUUUAAGAUUCCAACCGAUGCCACUCCGGAAGAACAAUCACGUAUUCUGACUACGAGAUACCCAGAGUUCAACCCUCUAACCACCGACUUUCGGGAAUUGCAGCAAAAAUACUCGCAACUAAAAGAAGCAGCGGGACUCAGCCUAGAAUAUUCAAGAGACUAUCAGUCUGAGGCCCCGCCUGUCGCUGUUACACAGUUUCGUGCCCUGUCUGCAUACCUUGCUGCAGUGGUCAUGUACUUAGCCAUUCUUACCUCUUCCAAGUCAAGUGUUGCCUUGCCACCUACAGAGCUGCGAGAUCACCCAGUCAUGAUUGAUUUACUCCGUUGUCGACAGUUAUGGCAAGAUGCAGAGGUGUUGAAGCCAUUGUGGGAGCCUGCCACCUCGGACCUGUCUCCUUUGUUGGCUAGUGGGGAGAGCAAAGCCACCGCAACCCCGCAAGACGCAACAAUCACACGCCAAAAGCAACAGAAGAACGGUAGCAAGAGGCUCAAAGCCACCAAAGUCUUGCCCAGUCCCAGCCCAACCCCACCUCCGAGAGCGUCCGACUCGAUCGUCGUCAAACCCAAAAGAUCUCGGAAAACUAAGCGCAAUGAACUGCAAGACCUUGUCAACACGACAUUGCAGCAUGCCACGACAGAUGGCGACUCUGACUUUGGUGACGAAACUCCACUCACCCGUGAGGAAGCCGAGGAGAAAGCCAAGCGGAAGAGGUCACUUCGGUUUUACACCUCGCAGAUUGCGCAAAAGGCGAACAAAAGAGGUGCAGCAUCCCGACAAGCCGGAGGAGACGAUGAUGUGCCACACAAGGAACGUCUUCGAGACCGGCAAGACCGUUUGUUGCGCGAGGCUGCGGAUCGAGGCCGCGCAAAUCCCCAAGCCAAUGAAGCUCUGGGCCCACAUGAUGAGGAUGACUUUGACGACGAGCACAUGCUCUCCAAUAAUCGAGUCGAUGAUGACGAUGAUGAUUAUUACAAUACGCUAGUGUCGAAUUCCAAGCAGAAGAAGCAAGACAAAGCCGCCCGUGCCGCUGCGUUCACCGAGGCGGCCAAACAAGGCGCCCAAGUCUAUGCGGAAGAACAAAUUGGCGACGACGGCAAGCGCAAAAUCACCUAUGCCAUUGAGAAGAACAAGGGCUUGGCGCCGAAGCGGAAUAAAGAUGUACGAAACCCCCGCGUGAAGAAGCGGAAGAAAUAUGAUGAGAAGAUGAAGAAGUUGAGCAGCAUGCGCCAGGUCUACAAGGGCGGCGAGGGCAAAGGUGGAUACGGCGGCGAAUUGACCGGUAUCAAAACCAACCUCGUCAAGAGCGUAAAGCUAUGAUAAAGCUCUCAGACCACCAUUUAAACUUCUUGUUUCACGCGUUCGUUGAGUGUGCUUAUAUUUCCUCCAAAGUUUUCAUGCCAUGUCUUAUGCCGGCAAAUGGGCCAUCUUCAGUUCCUUCUCCGCAUCCCUUGUCUACAGCAACAAGAGACACAGGCGACCUUGGGGCGAGACAGUCCUCGAAAAACACAAGCCGAAAGUAGUACCAACGCAUGUUCUUUCCUGAAGGAAGCACAUGGCUCUCUCGAACACGAUUCCUCAUACUGAAUCUUGUUUGCGGACGAAUCCUGCAUCUUCAGAUCACGUUAUCGUCGUGACCGUUACCAUUAGGUCCGCCCGAAUCCAUUGAUCUAUCGACGAAUGAAAUCGGCAGACUUGCAAGGCGAAACAUGAAUCUGCCAGUACUUCCUCAAGUACCCUGGCAACUGGUGACCGGGUCUGGGGACAUCAUAAUCUGGAUGUGUGAUGCAUUCGGCCAGCAACCCAGUCUUUUGGCCACUCUGCUGAUAGAACAGAAAGCUUC